AUGGUUGGGAGUAGCGCUUUUGGCACCUUCAGAUGGCUGUCUCGCAGCUCAGGGGCUCUCCUUUCUGGAGCUGAGGCCACCACGGUUGGUCACGCUGCCAACACUUUAGACAUCCGAAUUGACGGUUUGCAGCAGCGAUGCCUUUCACGUUCGAUGGCCACAGUAACGGAGACGCCGGUACCGAACGUGCCUCCCUCGAGAGAAGAACUUCUUGCCAAGUGGGCUCCGAAGCCGGUCCUGGCGACUACCUACACAUUCCCGACAAUGGAACCCGUUCAGUUCGUGGAAUACCCCCGAAACCACCUCAUGAUGCCGCUCCGAAAAGACAUCCUCCACCGCGCGGUUGUAUACGAGGGUGACAUGACCCGACAAGGUACAGCGAGCACCAAGUGGAGGGCCGACGUACACGGAAGCAACCGGAAACUCCGCGCGCAAAAGGGAUCUGGAAAAGCGCGCGUCGGUGACAAGAAAUCGCCAAUUCGACGGGGCGGUGGUGUCGCUUUCGGUCCUCAUCCGCGAGACUUUUCGACUGAUCUUCCCGGCAAGAUCUACGACCAGGCCUGGCGCAUUGCGCUCAGCUACCGGUACAGGCGGGGGCAGCUUAUCAUCAUCGACAACCGGAUCGGUAUUCCGGAAGACGCUACGCCGCACCUGAUCAAGGAGAUCUUCAAGGUCAACCGUUGGGGGCGGGAGUUCGGCCGGUCUACGAUCAUCACAAACAAGUUGCACGAGGAGCUGUUUGAUACGGUGAGCCAAGUGGGAGAGGACGCGAAGAUCCUCGAUCGUGAAGACGUCGACGUGAAGGACUUGCUGGAGACUGGGCGAUUGAUCGUGGAGAAGAAGGCACUGGAUCGCAUUCUGAAGGAGCACUCGCGGGAUCUGGAAAGUAAGCCCGCGAAGGCUACAUAUUGA